GAGGGGGAUAAGAAUGAGGCACCAGUGAGGGAGGAGCCAGUGGAGGACAAGGUGACACAAGUGGGGAAGGUGCACCCGCACGCGGUGGGAGAGCGCGGGGGGCUGCGCGACAGACAGGCAGCGUCCGUUUCCCUGGAGGCUACGGCAGAGCAACCGGUCGAACAGCCGAGGCAUGCACCAGCCCCACCACGGGAUCAGCAUGAACCAAUAGAUUUUCUCGCGAAUAAUGACAGGCAUGAAAACGUACAGAGUGGAGACGUGCUAAGGCCCUAUAGAAUAUUAAAUCAUCUUUCUUAGAAUGCAUUAUCUGCAGAAGCAUCCUUUGGAGGGGACUUUGAUCGAGAUUGGUUUUCAGCCAGAAGAUAUUCAGAAGCAUCAUAAGAAGGCUCCUGUGAUAUUUAGACGGGGUUUACUUUGAUAAGGGGUUCAGGCUGUUGAACUUUUCAAAGUUCAAAGGCUUGCUUAGCGAGAAAGCCUAAAAGCUCUAACAUUGGCCGGGCCGAAGC